GCCUUUUACGAAGACCGGGAUUUUAACAUUACGUGGCGCGGUCAUAUUGGUUGUUGGCUCUGUUUGGAUUCCCACGUAUAACUCCUCUUUUAAACUUUGUUCAGAUGUCAACGGUUGAACUAAAAUUAUCCAAGUUAGAUCAACGACUGAAGUUGGCUGUCAGCGAACGACGUUUCUAUGAGGCUCAUCAACUAUACAAGACCAUACAUUUCCGUUGUAUUAUGCGGAAAAAUUAUCAGGAAGCAUUAAAAUAUUUGAAACUAGGUUCUGAGUUUUUACUUGAUAAUGAACAAUGGGAAAGUGGUACUGAGUUAGCUUGCCUUGUACUUGAAGUGUAUAGCCAGAGUGAAACAGUUUUGACUGAAUCUCAUCUAGAUGAAAUUUGUGAACUUUUGAUACGAAUGUGUCCUGGUGAAGAAAGGACACGUUUUGUCCACAAGGCACUUCAACUUCUACAGAAGCAAAAAGAUCUUCUGGCUGUGUUCAAUGGAUAUCUCGCUCGUGUAUUGUGGCAAGAAGGAUCUUUCAGUGAAGCAAGGUUGCGUAUCAUGUUAUCUUCUAAUGGCUAUGCGGCUGGUGUCUUCCUUGUUGCUUUGCAUCAACGAUACGGGCUUCGAUCAGAAAUCGAUUUAUUUAUUGCACAAGCUGUCCUUCAGUUUUUAUGUAUGAAGCAAAUCUCAGUUGCCAUAUUGACGUUUUACACAUAUACACGACGUCACCCUCGUUUAGAGCCUGGGCCACCGUUUGCGGAUUUUCCUUUAUUAAAUUUCCUAUGGUUUUUGAUGUUAGCCAUUGAAAAGAAGUGCAGUCUAGCUGUAUUUUCAGUACUAUGUGAAAAAUAUAGUCCCCAACUGAACAGAGACUCUUCUUAUUUAAAAUACUUGGAUAAAAUUGGCCAAUUAUACUUUGGUGUUAAACCUCCUGCAAAUGAAAUGAAUAAUUUUUUUUCACGGAUAAUGCAAAUGUUUAAUGAUGGAGACAAAAUGGAAGAUUCUUUGUCAAGUGAUGACUUAGGUCGUUGUGCACUGAAUGGGAGUACCGAUGUAAAUUCACCAGAGGAAAUGUGUUUUGAAGAUGUGGAUUAAUAAUUUCGCAUAUAUCUCCACCAAUUAUACAGUGCCUUUCGAUUUAGAGCUGGUAAUAUGCACAUACUCAUCUUUAUAGGCGGACUACAAAUACCUACCCACGUAACCGACAUUUGAAUUCUGAGCGUUUUUGGACAAUAAUUUUGUCUUGCAGUUAUGCUUUGUGGAUCUGUUUUCCUCAUGCAUCUUCUAACAAAUAUUUAUUCAUUGGAUGAUUUCACUGUCGGUUUCUUUCUUUUUCUUCCUGCUAUAAACUUCUUGAAAAUGCACAAAAUUGUUAAUAUUGAAAUAAAUUAAAUUGUGUAC